UCUUACAAUCUCUCGAUCCGUCUAUAGUUUCUUGAAUCUGGAAGGCAAUGGCUCGUACCAAGCAAACCGCUCGCAAGUCUACUGGUGGAAAAGCUCCCAGAAAGCAACUGGCUUACAAGGCUGCUAGGAAAAGUACUCCAACAACUGGAGGUGUGAAGAAGCCUCAUCGUUAUCGUCCUGGAACUGUUGCGCUUCGUGAAAUUCGCAAGUAUCAAAAGACAACUGAACUCCUCAUCCGUAAAGCGCCAUUCCAGAGGCUUGUCCGCGAAAUUGCUCAGGCUCUCAAGAGUGACCUGAGGUUCCAGAGUCAUGCUGUGUUGGCACUUCAGGAGGCGGCCGAAGCUUACCUAGUGGGUCUGUUUGAGGAUACCAACUUGUGUGCCAUUCAUGCCAAGAGAGUCACAAUCAUGGCCAAAGACAUCCAGUUGGCCCUCCGGAUCCGUGCUUAAUGAAUGUGAUUAGAUUCAAGUUUAUAUUUCCUAUAGCUGCACAAACCUUGGUUUCUUCCUUUCUUUUUGUGAUCGUGCUGGACGUUUUUUUUAGUUAUAGU